GAUGCCUUGCGCCAAAAGUCGCAUUGGUUUUUAUUUUUAAUGAUACCCUUAAACUUAAUUAAUUUAUUUAUUAGUUUUUUUUCUUACAAUAAUUUAUUUAUCAGUUUAGUAUAUGUGAAACAUGAUUUUGAAUAAACGUAAGUUAUAGUAUUGAUCUGGUUUCUUCAACACAAGUUCUUCCAAAAUCAGUCCUACCCACAUCUAGAAAAACAAGAUUAUACUCACAGAAAUUCUCCAUCAGCAAGUAAUUCUAAUAUAAUGAGUUGCUCAUAUAAUCUUAUUUGCAAUACUUCUCCUAACCAAAUUUUUUUUUCUUUUUUCUUUCUUUCUUUCUUUCUUUCUGUUAGUCCUUAACUAUAUAUUCUAAGGGUCUAUUUUGAUAGGGGCUUAUUUUUCAUUUAUAAAUUAAGUCAGCUAUAAAAUGUUUAUAAAAAUGAAUAAAGUGUGAUUGAAUUGUUGUGUGAUCUUAUAUCAUGAUAUUCUUUCAAAUUUUUUUAAAAUCUUAAAUAUAUGUUGAAAUAUAGUCCAACAUUCCAAAAUCCAUCCCCCAAACAUACCCUAAUAAGAUCUUGCACGUUAGUAUUCCGAUGAUUGCACCUAACAAAAAAUUUCGUUAAUAUGUGUCUGUGAAACAAAAUGGCAAUAUAAUGAAGUGCCGGUUUCUCAAAUGUGAGUAAGAGUCACACGUUGGAAGAAAAGUGAAUGACGAUUGACGAGUAACAUAUAAGUGAGAUGAUCCAUAUACUAUAAUUUAAGAUUUUGGAUAAAGAUGUGAUGUCAAAUUCCACUUGUGUACUUGCUCUCAGUUCAAUGUGAACGUGUAGACAAAAAAAGGAAAUGAGGUAGGGAAAAAUUUAUCCUUAAUGUGAAUGGUCUGAAAUGGGAAAACAUGAUCCACAAAAGUCAACAUCUCCCUGUAUGAGUCAAAAAUAUAUCUCCGUGUAUGUCUGUACGUACGUUUUCCUGUUUCCUUGUUGCUUCCAUCCCAUUCCUUCUGUGUAUGUCUUGUCUGCAUGUGGCAGUUGUUGACAUUCAAACUGAGCAAUGGCACAAUCACCAAGUGUUUCUGGUUUUGAAGCAGCCCAGAAAGCAAUAAACACACUUGGGUUGGGUUUUGAUUUAACACAAGAUAUCAACUUUGACAACUGUAAGACUGGUUCACGGUUGAUCCUCAUCGACGGAGAACAGUGCCGUCAUUUGGAGAUUCCUGGAGGGGUUUCAAUUCCAGAUGUUUCAAACUCUAUCAGAUGUGUUGGAGGAGAAUCUAUCAGAAUCAAUUCAGAGGUUCUCACCUUGCAACAGAUGUUGCAACAUUUCAACCAUGAAAUGCGCCUGGAUGGCAGAAUUGCAUCCGGUCACUUUUGUGCUUCAUUUGGUUUAAAUUUUCGAGAUACAAAAGAAUUGGCUUCAAUUAUCCAUCUUGCUUAUGAUGGUUGGUUCAUCAAACGCUAUGCUGUUGAAUUAGAAAAGUAUCAUGAUGAACUCUAUGAUCAUGUCAAAGAAUCUGUGCCGUCCUCGUGGGACCCUGAGGCCAUGGCAAGGUUCAUUGAACGUUUUGGUACUCAUGUCAUAGUUGGGGUGAGCAUGGGAGGAAAGGAUGUGCUAUACGUUAGACAAGAAGAUACAUCAGAUCUUCUUGAUCCAGCUGGUAUUCAAAAACUUUUGACAGAAACAGCUAGCAUAAAGUUCAUGGAUUCUGCAAAUAAUCAUGGUUUGGCUUCUCAAGGCUUAAGUAACAUAAAAAAGAAUCUUUUUGAGAUACACAUUAGGAGGGGUGGAAGCAGUCAAAAUAUGAACCAUAGUGAAUGGUUGGAUACCAUUGACUCGGAACCUGACGUCAUAUCAAUGCAUCUUCUCCCUCUGACAACCCUUUUGUCAGGUAUCACGGGGUAUGGAUUUGUGGCCCAUGCGAUAAACCUCUAUCUUCGAUACAAACCUCCAAUUGAAGAUCUCCGUCAAUUUUUAGAGUUUCAGCUACCAAGAGAAUGGUCCCCUGUAUAUGGCAAGAUACAUCUUGAUUCUAACUGGAAGCAUGAAGUGAACAAUUGGCUACGACUUAGUAUCUUGGGUUCUAAGCUUUACAUAAAUACAAUUCCAGUAGAUGUAGGUAAUAGACCAGUAACUGGCCUUAGAUUACAAUUGGAAGGGAAAAGAAGCAACCGGCUGGCCAUUCAUCUGCAGCAUUUGGCUUCUCUCCCGAAGUCCUUAUCACUUGCAGACAGUGCAAAUGCUUAUUCGUCUUGUGACUCGUAUAGUUGCAAGUACCAUAAGAAACUGAAAUGGAACUGCUUUUCAUAUGUUUGUACUGCUCCUAUUGAAUCAGAUGAUAGUCUUUCCAUUGUCACAGGAGCUCAGUUACAAGUUGAAAAGAAGUGUCUCCUUUUAGGGCUUCACUUUUCCAAAGUUAUUGGUGCUACCCUUCAGAAACCACCUGAGUGGGACCAAUCCUCCAAUCUUGGCCAGUCCAGGACCAAGUUUUGGGACACAGCAGGACAUAUGGAUCAUCCAAUGCCUGGUGAUGAGACCGUUAGCCCUAUUCAAUAUUCUGAUGCCCUCCCUGCACCAGUGCGUACACCUAAGCUUCAAAAGUAUGUGGACAAAAUGGAAAGGGUUAGAGGACCAGCAGACGCUCCAGGAUAUUGGGCUGUGUCCGGAGCAAAGCUUUCUGUACACAAUGGGAAAAUAUAUCUCUUUGUUAAGUAUUCACUAUUGAGUUUUGUUAUAUAGUCUGAGAUCAAAACCUCCUAACAGUGCUUUAGUGCUCAGUUGACCUCUUGAAGUUUAUGAGUGCCUCACUGCCUGCAGAGUUAGCUGGAUUUGGUGAUGGUUUGCACCAGAGGAUGUACUAGUAUUAGCUUUUAUCGACACCCUUUAACAUGUGUAUGAUUGAAUGUUCGACAGCAGUGAUUCGCGAUAAAAGCUUGAGUUUGUAAAAUCGAAUCAAUUGAUUAAAGUCGAGUUAUAGAAAACGAGUUAUAUUUAUUUAAGCAGGUUGGGUACUAAUCAGGGGUGAGACCAAAAUCGGGAGCUUUUCAGCUGGAUAAACCUCUUUUUUAUUUUAAUUUUUGAAUUAAAGAGGCCUAAGCCCAAAAAAGGAAAGUUGACAGACAAUCAUCCUAUGAGUAGAGAUCCCCAACAUAUCAGCAAAAAGUAAAGAACUAAUGAGCAUGAUAUUACUCAUAAAUCAUCGAUGAGCUCAUGAUCACGCCUCAUGUUUGCAAGAGCAUAUGCGCACGAAUUUCUUCACGACACAAGUGACAAAUCUUGACCUCCUAAUCCAUUUCAAGUAAACGUAAUUUGGGAGACUCAGUAUACAACUUUGAGCAAGAGUAAUACGAUGAAUCAUAAAGAGUGAAUUGGAUUUCCAUCUAGAAAGUAUACUCUUAACUGGCGCAAUUGAUAUUCAUCCUAAAAGGUGAAAUACAAGCCAUAAUAAAAUUUGUCAUCUGAGUUGGAAGGAAAAGAAGAUCAAGACAUUCCUUUAUGAAAUCUCAAUCCAUUAUGUUAUAAGCUUUGGCAAGAUAAAGUUUAAUAACCAUAUAACUAUUCUUACCUCUAGAAGAUUGCAUGGAGUGAAUUGAAUUGCAUGGAGUGAACAACUUGUAGGGUUACAGUAUUAUCAAUAGUACUCCUAUGUGAAAUAAAGCUACGGUUAGGCAGGAUGAUUUUCGGAGUAAUAUCCUUUAGCCUAUUUGAGGGUUUCAUUGAGACACAUUAUCUUAAAACAAUUUACUUAUGGAAAAUGCUAAACAGUGCCCCGGGCACUCUUUAAGCAUCUUAAAUAGUAAGUUUUUGUUAAAAUUUUAUGGAAAUGUGUGAAGUCAACGCCUCGAAAAUUGAAAUAUUCCACUUUUUGAGUAAA